ACUUAUCUGAGUGAUUGAAAGUUCAUUCGAUGGAUGCAAGACACCAUCUUCUUUUUUUUUGGUCCGAAGAUUAAAAUGCUCUUGUCAACAAUGAAUACCUUAAGUGUGACUCGUAAUAUAAACAGUUCACCUGGUUAUAACGAAUCUUUUAAAAGUACAUCCUCCCAAGAUCCGUACCUGAUUCUAAAGGAGUUAAACGAUGAGGCGGCGAUACGAUUUUUACCCGUUAUCCUUUUCCUCGUUAUUUUGAUGGUCAUUGGUACAGCAGGCAAUGUGAUCGUGGGUAUCAUUUAUUCACGAAGAAGAAAGAAGACCACCUCUGAUUUCUUUAUUCUCAACCUUGCCUUUUUGGAUCUCCUGACCUGUACCAUAGGAAUUCCGAUGGAAAUAGCAGAUCUCAGUUUUUCUUACACGUUCGAUGCCCCAGCAGCUUGCAAGAUCUUGAGAACCAUUGAGUCUUGGACCAGCAUGGCCUCGGCCUUGACCCUUGUGAUCAUCUCUAUAGACAGAUACAAACGGAUUUGUAAGUUUGGGGAUAAUUUUAGCAACAAAGCGGUGAAAAGGCUUUGCCUCCUUGCACUUUUAGUUGGUGCCUUGUUAUCAUGGCCAGCGGCGGUAAUAGUUGGAAAGAAAACGAUAAACCUGGGAAUUCCGGGAGUCAAAGGAGCUGAUUGUUCAACUUCGGAUGAAAUGAAGAAAACGGUAUAUCCCCUCAUUUAUUACAGUGUAGUAAUGCUUUGCUUCAUCGCCUGCGUAGUUUUCGUUAUAUUUGUGUAUGUAAGGAUUUCGAUAUUCAUAAAGAGAGCUAAAACUGAGAGAAGGAAAGUUAUUGGACCAAGUGAAAUAAGCAACACCACUCUCAGCCAGCAUCAAAUACCCUUAAUGAAUGUCAAUAUCAACCAUAUGGAAAGUGUGCAUUCAACACCGAGCAAUGAAGACGAUAUAAAUGGAAACGAACAUGUGCAUGCUAGAGUCACAAAGCAGACAUCUGCAGUAAAAGUUACCAGGACGACGACAAUUUUUGUUGCAAUAACCAUCGCAUUUAUAGUGAGUUAUCUCCCUUUUCUAGCAGUCAUGAUUUUACGAAAUGUCAUAAAGGGCUUGGAGAGAAAUAUGUCACCUGUCGUAGAGGUUUUCUACAAAUUCUGCUUAAAGUCUUUCUUCAUCAAUAACGCAAUAAACCCAUUGAUAUACAGCUUUCUCUGCCGAAAGUUCAAACAAGACGUGAAAGCAUUGCUUAGGUGCAAGCCUAUUAGAUAGGGCCUCACAAACACUGAAAACUUGGCACAGAAGAACUAUGUACACGAUGAAAGGGACGAAUACAACAUUUUUU